AUGCCCCAACUGUUUCAGUUACAGUUGCAGCAUCUUCAACCUCUCCCCAAACCUCGUCACCCCAACCACCAACUACUUCGCCCCACUCUCACUCUCAGCUUUCCUUCUUCUCUCUCCAAUCCCUUAAAACGCACCAAACCCAACAAGCUCCGCCCUCUUCUUCCCCCCACCGUUCGAUUUCCCAGCUCCAUAGUAUGCAAAUCCAACAGCUCAGACUUAGACAUUUUAUCACAGCCAGAAGAGAGAGGUAAGCCGCACAGACGGGCCAAUGGGAUAUUUUGGAUCAUACUUGCUAAUCUUGGGAUUUACAUUGCUGAUCAUGUGUUUCAGGUUCGUGCAAUUAAAAUGCUGUACCUCUACCACAACUGGCCUACUUGGUACCAGUUUCUAACAGCAACAUUUUGCCAUGCUAAUUGGAACCAUCUUUCGAGCAACCUUUUCUUCUUGUAUAUUUUUGGAAAGCUAGUUGAAGAAGAGGAAGGAAAUUUUGCUCUGUGGCUUUGUUAUAUUCUCACAGGGGUUGGAGCAAACCUUGUUUCAUGGCUUGUUCUACCAAGAAAUGCAGUCUCGGUUGGAGCCUCUGGUGCUGUUUUUGGGUUAUUUACAAUCAGUGUACUAGUAAAGAUGUCCUGGGACUGGAGAAAGAUCCUUGAAGUGCUUAUAUUGGGCCAAUUUGUUAUAGAGAAGGUUAUGGAAGCAGCUCAAGCUUCUACUGCAUUAUCAGGCCCCUUCGGUGGAGGCAGUUCUUUGAUGAAUGUCAAUCACAUUGCACAUCUCUCAGGUGCUCUUGUUGGUGUUUUUCUAGUAUGGAUUCUCAGCAAGGUUCCUUCUGAACCCCCAGCACAAGGAUCAAAUUUUCAAAGCAAAACAAGCAGAACCCAAUGA